AUGGAACGUAAUCGUCUAAAUCAAGCGGGUCUUAACGAUGAAGUUCUCAAAAGAGCAGUGGGGUCAUUUGUUAUUCAGGUGCUUGUUGGUCAAGGCCCUGUGGCUCCUCGUCUCUGCUGCAACGAUCCACCUUCAUUGAAUGCGGCAGAGUUUUUAGCGACAGUGUUUCCCAAUGCCCGAUUUAUUUUUAUGAUUAGGGAUGGUCGAGCUGUGGUACAUGAUAUUUUAUCAGGAAAGUCGAAUGUACAAGGCUAUAACAUGACUAAUUACCGAGAGUGUAUGAAACAUUGGAACGACGAGGUCGAGGAAAUGAAUCAGCAAUGUGAGGCAAUUGGCAACAAAUGUUUGAAGGUAAUGGAACCGUCUACCGUGAAUAAAUUAUCAACAUGGGUCAAAGCAUUCCCGGACGACGUUUUGCGAGACGCUCAUAAAAUUGCGCCGAUGCUUGAAAAGCUUGGUUAUCGUAGGAUAUCACCGCAUAAAGGUUAUGCGGAAGAAGUAUCUUCUCAAAAGGCGGGAAACAAAGAAAAUAGAUAA